GAGACUUGAGAGAGAGAGAUGCAGCUUCUUCAAUGCCUCUCGUUUGGUUCUGCCAACAUCACUUCUCGUUUCCUCGCGAACAAGCGCGAUGCGGUGACCGCCGCAGGAACGCGGGGAGGAGGAGGAGGAGGAGGAGGGGGAGGGCCGGGACGGGACGCGGGCGGAGCUUCCCCUCGGGACCUCCAGCGGGCUGGUUUCCUCGCCGCCGCCGCCGCCGUUGCUCCGCCUCUGGCCGCCGCGCUCGUCGCCUUGUCUCCACUCUGCGUCGCUCCAGUGUCACUUGGUCAAACUGUAGAUGUCCAAAGAGGAGCAGUAUUGUUUCGUCGGGCAUGCAUUGGAUGUCAUGAUGCUGGCGGAAACAUAAUACAGCCAGGUGCCACACUGUUCAUGAAAGAGUUACAAAGAAACGGAGUCGACACGGAAGAGGAGAUCUACCGAGUUACCUACUUUGGCAAAGGAAGAAUGCCAGGCUUUGGUGAGAACUGCACCCCAAGAGGCCAAUGCACGUUUGGACCACGGUUGCAGGAGGAUGAGAUCAAGGAACUAGCAAAGUUUGUAAAGUUACAGGCUGAUCAAGGUUGGCCUAAGAUAGAAAUUGAAGAUUGAUUGGUACGUGAUGUAUUAUUUAGUAAGAUGACCGACCAUUAUUUAGGCCAAUGUGUUGAGUUCAAGCCUUUUUUUUU